AAAGCUCAAACUACAAAACCCUCCUCUCCUCUCACUCUCCAAAUCCCUCUCUGUCCUCUCUCUCUCUCUCUUUCAAAACCCAAAAGGCUAAGUGGGUUUGUGAGAGCUUCUGUAUAUAACCACUGCCAUGGCGGAGCAAGGGAAGAGCGUGCGCAUGACGCGCUUGGCGAAGAAGAGGGCCGCCAUGGCUGAAGAGGAAAGGCCUGCCAAGAAGAGAGUGGUGUUGGGCGAGAUUACAAACUCGUCAAACGUCGUCGUAAACGCUGGUGGUUCUGAAGAGCCGCCACAGAAACAGCCCAAGAGUAAAACCAAGGCCAAGGGUGUCAAGAAGGCAUCGACAACCGCUACAAAGCUCGAGGAGACAAAGGACAAAGACAAUGAGGACAAGUCCGAUGAUCCCCAGAUGUGCGGGCCUUAUGUUUCUGAGAUUUAUGACUACCUUCACAACAUGGAGGUGGAUCCAAAAAGAAGACCUUUGCCUGAUUACAUUGAGAGGGUUCAGAAGGAUGUCAAUUCUAAUAUGAGGGGCAUACUAGUGGAUUGGUUGGUUGAGGUUGCAGAAGAGUACAAGCUGGUUUCAGAUACUUUGUACCUCACCAUUUCUUAUGUUGAUAGAUACCUGUCUUUGAAUUCUCUCAAUAGGCAUAAGCUUCAGCUACUGGGUGUUUCAGCAAUGCUUGUUGCCUCAAAGUAUGAAGAGAUUAGUCCUCCGCAUGUGGAAGAGUUCUGUUACAUAACAGAUAAUACUUAUACUAAGGAAGAGGUGGUGAAAAUGGAGGCUGACAUACUUAAGUCACUGAGUUUUGAAGUGGGCAAUCCUACGAUAAAGACAUUUCUAAGACGAUUCAAUAAAGUUGCUCAAGAGAGUUACAAAACUCCCAAUCUUCAGUUGGAGUUCCUUGGUUACUACCUUGCGGAGCUAAGUUUGUUAGAUUACCAUUGUGUAAAAUUUUUGCCUUCUAUGGUUGCUGCAUCUGUUAUGUUUUUGGCAAGAUUUAUGAUCCGGCCAAAGAUGCACCCUUGGUGUUCAGCCCUGCAAAUGUACUCUGGAUAUAAGCCCGCUGACUUAAAGGAAUGUGUUCUUAUUAUACAUGACUUGUAUCUGAGUAGAAGAGGUGGCACUUUUCAAGCUGUAAGAGGGAAAUACAAGCAGCACAAGUUCAAAUGUGUGGCAACCAUGCCUUCACCUCCAGAAAUACCAGCUUCUUAUUUUGAAGAUGUUAGAGAAUGACGGACAUUGUCAAUUAGGACACGGCUGGUUGAGAAGACCUGGACAGUGAGAAGGAAAUGAGUGUUCUAACUUGUAACUGAAAAUGAUUGGAUUUUUGUUGCCUAGGCUAGUCAUGAUUGACAGAAGGCUCUGAGAAGUGAAUGGUUAAGAACUGCAGUGAUAUCACUUUUGUGUACUGUAGUGGUCUUGUUCUUGGUGAUUUCCAUUUGGUGUAAGAAUUCAUUCGUAACACAGUCCUACAACACUUGUUGGUUUUCCUUCUCUUUUUGGGGCAGAUUGUAAAUUUACUAGCGUUGAUCAUUUUGACAAAUGAUUUUUCCUACGUUUUUGAAUCAAUAUCUUAUUGAAAAAGCAUUGGAUGCAUAUGUGAUCUUCCUGUACACAAGACAAUGAUAAUAUUUUGUUUGAAUUAUGAACAGCCAAUCUCUAUAAUUAUCAG